GUCGCCUUUGUACGCCUGGGUUUAUUUAAUCUAUGCAUAGCGCGACACUCAUCUAUAUCUAGCAAUUGCAGAGGAGCUUAGUGGGAGAGAGAGGUCUUGAAAAACACCAAAGUAAAGAUGAGACAGCUCGCCGCGAUUGCAUUAUGGGUAGUGCUAGCAAUGGUUCAUGGGAGGGAGAUAAUCCGAGGAGAGUCCGAUGACCUGGAAAGCAGGCUCAAAGAUCUAACGGAGGACGCGCUCAUGGACCAAGACACGUGCCCUGCGAGAAACCACAAGGUGAAUUGCUACGUCGAUGAUGCGAAUAACAAAGCGUUGCCCGAGAUACUCUUCCAAGAUCGCAGUGAACACAGCCCAAAAUACGGCGGCGAGCUGAUCGACUGGCAUAACUGGGAUUUUUAUAUAAAGAGGCUUGUCUGCCGCUGCGCACAGAGUGCGAAAGCCAAAGGAUACCACUACUUUGCCAUCCAGUACUAUGGAGUUUGCUACAGCAGUCCCACCACUACCAACCCGCACAGCCUAAGUCAGGUCACCAACUUCUGCACAACCUACAACUACCAGGAGUGCGAGCCGACAAGCGAGCUUCCCUGUGUCGGCAGGAAUUUGACCAACUUCGUGUAUCAUCUUGAGGAAGGCGGAAGUGGUGGGGGUGACGUAGGAUACCAUCCUGCCUAUGACCUGUGACGAGUCACGUGACAUGACGACCAAGCCGUGUCUCAAGAUUCCCGAACAUUAUCAAAAAGACCUCAUGUUAAUUAAUCUUAACAAAAAAUAUAGACUGCUUUUACACAGAUGUCAACAAAGGCUUUCACAAUUGAACUGCGACUUUUUUUUAUCCUAAUAUACCAAAACAACGACAACAAGGACGACGAAUUCAACAACGACGACUUAGCAGCAAUAACGAUAGUAUAAAGAAAUAACCAAACAACAACGACGACUACUUAGCAGCAAUAACAAUAGUAUAAAGAAAUAACCAAACAACAACGACGACUACUUAGCAGCAAUAACGAUAGUAUAAAGAAAUAACCAAACAACAACGACGACUACUUAGCAGCAAUAACGAUAGUAUAAAGAAAUAACCAAACAACAACGACGACUACUUAGCAGCAAUAACGAUAGUAUAAAGAAAUAACCAAACAACAACGACGACGACGACGACUUUAUUAGUAUUAGACUAAUUGACAAAAACAACAAAAACACAAACAUUGAACUGACCAAUACUUUUUGGAGGGCAUAGGAACAAAUAUCUUUUUAUAAACUACAUUUUGAUAUUCGAAUUAGCUAACAACAUCGUAUUUAGAUUUAUUCUAAUAUACUCUAAGUAUGCAUUUACUUUUUAUCAUUUUAGGGGGAUUUAGUAUAUAAUCUAUUAUUAGUUAGAUUUAGUUAUUUACAGUAAUUUUGUUGUAGAGGUUGUUAGUUGCUCAAUAAACGGAAAUUAAUGACA